UUCUCAUGCAAUUUCUUUACUUAAAUAAUGAAAAAAUAAAUUUUGAAGCGAAGUAAAAUUGAGUAAAAGAGAAAACGAGGAAGGAACGAUUUCUCAUUCGAACUCCUCUCGCAAUGGAGACCUUGCAGAAUCCAAACGCAAACACCAAUUCCAAUCCAAAUACCAUAUCUUCCCCAAUUCGUGUGUUAUGGCCUACCAUCGAUGGCUCUCUGGGUUUGUCGGAGGAAGAAUCGGUGAGCUAUGCUCGUAGGUUCUACAAAUUUGGAUUUGCAUUGCUUCCAUUUCUUUGGGCGGUUAAUUGCUUCUACUUCUGGCCUGUUCUUCGAUCCCGCUCGUUUCCUCGCAUCCGACCCUAUAUUGUUGGCUCAGCUAUCGGCUUUGGUGUUUUCAUGGCCAUUAUUUCGUCUUGGGCAUUAACAUUUUCCAUUGGAGGAGAACGCCUGUUUGGACCUGUUUGGGAUAAACUAGUGAUGUACAAUCUUGCUGACAAAGUAGGAUUAACAGGUUGGAGCUAGUCUGGUUCCCUCCCUUCGGCAACCAACUUCAACCUUCUUCUAUAUUUCAAAAUUUGUAACUCUUGACGGUCAUUGUUUUCUUGAAAGAUCAAAGUUGAAGCUUUUGGUUUCCCUUCUUCAAGUGCUCCAAUUGUCGAACAUGAACAUUUGCAUUACCCAUGUUGAUUCAUGUUAAUAGUUGAUGCACAAGUUUGAACCGGGUCUCCCUUCAACUGCGAACUAAGAUUUGUGGAUAAAAAUCUAAACCGGUUCUCUUGAAUUCUUCUUUGCUU